AUGCGUCAAGAACCCAAUCAAUGUGUCAGUGACUCUAUUACUAAUCUGACUCUGGCCAUCCAGGACUGUGGGUAUAAAGAGAUCAAGGCAGACAACUUCGAGCACGCAAUGUUCGUUCAGCAGUUUAUCGUCGGUCUGCGCAAUGAAAAAACUCGGGAAAAUCUCUUAUCAGAGAAGGAGGAUUUGUCAUGGGAAAAAGCCUGUGAUAUUGCCAGUCAUCAGGAGCGCGUGCGGCAAAACCUUCAGCAGCUGAAUCAGUCAAACGAUGGAGUGAUAGCAUCCUUGGAAUCGGAAAUGGCUGUCUCCCUAGUCAACACUGCUGUGUCUUCACCUAGACAGCGACCCUCAGCUCCCUCAAAACAAUUACCAUCCUGCUACCGUUGUGGUCAGCAUCAUGUCCGGUGGUCAGACUGUAGACACCAGAAGACGGUAUGCCAGUUUUGCAAGAAAGUCGGCCACAUCGAACGAGUGUGUUUCUCCAAAAGACGAGCGAAUACUAACACGCAUGCAACCUACCCUAAUCCAGUUGGGGAUGACGAGGCGAUACUCUGAAUGUUUUCGGCCAACGCGCUACUCCAAUCGCCCUACACCAUCACGCUUCCGGUGGAUCAUCAUCCCGUGAAGUUUGAAAUCGACAAUGGCUCAGCUGUUACUCUCAUCAAUGAGGCCUCUCUUCAGAAAUUACCCUCCCUCCUUCCGGCUACCUCAACAUUCCGUAGUUAUACUGGACAGAACGUAGAGGUUAGAGGGGUGUUUACAGUCGAAGUCGAGCAUGAUGGAGAACUUCAUUACUUGCCGGUUCAUGUGGUUCAUGAAAGGCUUAUCAUUCUGAAAUAAAUCGGGUACAUCAUUAACGAAAAGGCAAAAUAAAAGCGGGCCGAGUACACUAGCCUGAAUGACUCCACUCCUCACACGUGUGGGGUUGGAGAUAGUAUUGGAAAUCUUAACUCGUUGUGUACGAGUGCCCAAAUAAGAAGAUAUAAAAUUCAAAAGUUUGCCACCUAUUCCGAAAGAGGGUAGUUUCAAGAGAAGAAGAGCAUGGUCAACACGAUCAAAAGCCUUAGUGAAAUCGAAAUAUACUGUGUAAAGUGCAAAACCAUUGUCCCUAGAUUGGAGAACAUAGUCAAAGAAAGAGAGUUGACAGGUGUCACAAGAUCGGGCUUUGAGGAAUCCAUGCUGAGCAGCACUCAGUAGGUUAUUCACUGUUAAGUGACGCAUCAUUUUAUCUUUGAUCAAUGUCUCUAAGAUCUUCGAAAAUGCGGGGAGGGUGUUUAUUGUCCGAAAGUCAUCAAAUGACGUAGAUUUGCCGUGCUUAGGAAUGGGCAGUAUCUGUGAUUCCAUCCACAAGGUAGGAUAGGUUUCAGUUUCAAGAGCAAGAUUGAAUAUCUUGCAUAAGAGGGAUGGGAAGAUCGUGUUUGCAUCGGCUUUUAAAAUGCUUACAGGGACACCAUCAGGGCCUGGACUAUAAGAUUGACGAAAACGCCGAAUAUAAUAGAAUAGGUUUAUGGUAGCGCAACAGUCACAUCCCACAGAGUGAAAGUUAGAGUUUCUAGAACUGCCCCACUCAAUGACUGGAUGGUCGGAAGCGGAGUGGUCGAGUCUUCAAUGAACGUUUUGGACAGGAAAUCAUUGAAGCUAUCAGCGGUUAACUGGGCAUCAACUAUGGGAUUUCCGAGAGCGUCUCGGAGGAUGGGAUGCUACGUCUUUCUUUGAGUUCGUAUUUUUCUAGAGAAAAGUUUCGAGACACUUAACGAAUGGUUUUCGGUAAACUGGACCUCUUCGGCUAGCUGUUUUUCUUCAGACAAUCUCUUAGCUCGAUCAAAAAUAUCACAAAUCUUGGGCAGAACAGAAACAUCGUUCUGCAGGUGGAAACGACGAUAAAGCCUGCGCAAUCUGCGACGAAAGGGUAAAGGUAGGAAAAUCUCAUCCCCAACAUUAAUAAUUUUCUUACGGGGGACAAAACGAGAAAUAAGCGGAUCCAAAAUUUCGUACAGAUUUGCAGUGCAAAUAGUAAUAGAAAACUUGCUCGCCUAAUUUUCAACAGAAAUCGGCCAUCGCAACAAGACUACUCGCUGCCAGCGCUGAAAAGCACUUUGUCCUACACAAUCUUUCCGCACUGACUUACAGUGAACAGAUGCUCUCCCAUACCAUUACGAUUGUACUGUGAUCUGAUCACAUUGCAAAUGUCUGCAAAUUUGUUUUUAAAGUCAAUCUGCGAAAGCAUUGGAUACGAAUAUGGUCAUUACGGGCGUCGGUCAAAGGCGGGCGCUGGAGAUCGUGCGUAAACAGUACUCCAGUCAAUGAGUGGUGCAUCAAAGUCGCCCAUAAUAAAGAUAUCAUCCCAAGAAGCAAAUCCGUGUAGUUCCUCUUGCAGAUGAACAUCAAGCUCCAGAACAUUUUUUAGUUGACAGUAGACCGACAGAAAUGCCCGGUUUUCGAUCCCGGUAUCUUUUUAAUGAGUCAGGUGGCCUCUGUGUCCCAUGCGAGCAUUUAUGCUUUUCCUGCCACGAAGAAUCCGCGUUCCACAUGCGUGGGCAUUCCUCUUCCCAAGCGUCCGCUUCCGUCUAUUCGAAACAAGUGAAAUCCGGGUGGUGCAAAGUCGCCAUCAUCCACGAAUACCAAGAACUUUUUCACAAGGAUGAGAUCUGUCUUCCAUAUAUUUCGUCGGUUAUUUGUUCUUUGUUGACGUUGAGAAUAUAGAGGUUAAGCCCACAGAAGCGUAACAUAGUCAUAAUUCCCGGCGAGAUGCACUAGAAUGCACUUCGUCAAUGUUGCAGAAGUUUCGUGAAAAAUAAUUCCAGUCUAUUGGCCCACUAGAUCUCUUUAAAUCCUACAUUGCCCGCGAGCUGAGACCGUAGACUACGAUGUGCAUCAGAAUAAACGGUGACCUGAAUGCCGAAACGGGUGGAAGAGUUCGGAAGAUAGCAGGAGACAAUAAUAUGGGAAGUGGAGUCGUGAACGAUUAAGAAACCGUAAUUGCUGAAGGAGUCUGGAGGAAUUCUGACUUAGGGUGUCUGUGCGGGGCUUAAGAGACAGACAACAUGAGUGAAAACCAGAUCGGCAAGACCUUGCGGUCUGAAGAGAAUACGUCUUAUCAUCGCAGAAUCAAUCACAAUAAAUGGAAAUAUAGUGCUUUUGAAUAAAACUUCCAGGAGAAUCGGGUCACUGUGUGUCAUGUCAACCAGGUCCUAUGACCACGCCAUAAAUAAUAUUACUACAUGAACAAUAUAUUGGGGCACGAAGUCGUACCGUUUAACUGCACUAAAUCUCUAAACGUUACUGGCAAAAUUAUGAGUGCCGUGUGACGGCGGGCAGGAUUGCUUUUGUUUGAAGAAGAAAAGGCGGAAUUUAAAAGGUUAGAUUCAGGGCAUACCUUUCUUUUCCUGACCACAGAGCCAAGUGCGACCGAGAGUGAGGAUCAUGCAAACACCUUGCUCCCGGAUUCUCAACGGCGAACUAUCUAUUAUCCCCAUUUGAUUAUUUUGUUGGCCCCAUUUGUUUGUUCUCCGUCGCACAGUACACGGUUAUCACUAACAUUUCCCCUUUUACUACAUACGCCAGCCUUGCUCGGAUCAUUGCGUAUGAGAGAUGGACGGUACCAUCAAGGUUCUGAUUCAGAGUCUGUCGACGAAGGCCAUUUCAGAAGGAGCAACAACCUCAGAGUCCACUACUGUUGUAGCGACUUUUUCACUUCUCGACAUCAAUUCUUGUCGCGCGAUACGCCUUCCAUGACAUUUUAUCGCAUCUCCAUGGAACAUUUACGCAGUUCUAUAGACAUGAAAACAAAGCGUAAACAAACAGCUAGAUAUCGCCAUCAUGCCAUGCCACUUCAAAAACUCGGGUCGAAGCCAGGACCAACACUGCACUUGCAGCCGUACGUUAUAAAGGCGAACUGGCCGAUCGCCAGCUUAUCCUGCUGUGCGGUAGUGAGUGCGAAAAUCGAUGGCGCUUGCUGUCAGGCCGCCGCACCAUGUUGAUACCGCUUUCGUGUACACACGCACUGUCAGUGUGCCAGCUACGCGAUUCACUGCUUGACAGUUGUAGACCAGUCGCGGUCGUGGGACUGACAUUUAACUGAGUUAUACCGUGCAAGUAUCUCAACUGGUCAGCGUACGGACAUUUUUCUGGCAUGAAAACGCCCUGUAAUGCUAACAUUUUCUGCUAGGAAUAACAUGCGUUUUGUUUAGAAGUUAUUUUUGCAUUUAUCAACGCCACAGAUCCUGGCAGAGAGAUAUAUCCAAGAAUAGCGUCCACAUGGGGAUUAUCGCGCUUGGCUUGGUUUGGUAAACCUUAUGUUUAAAUACGUUGAAGUUUCUUUCGCUUCGUGGAUCAGAAUUUGCUGUGAGGGUAUGUCGUGUUUCAGUAAAAAAUAACGAUAAUAUGUCAGCAACUUUGUUGUAAUGUAACCAGUAGUGGAAAGGUAGACGUAACCCAAACUGCCGCGUCAUAAAAGUUAAAAAGUAAUGAAAUAAAAACAAAUGCUAAUUAUGUUGGGAAGCGUUUUGCAAAGAAUGAGCGCAUAGUUUGGGCUAUGCCUCGUCUAGCUAUUUUCGCAGGUCCGCAAAUUCUCAGAUUCGUUUUAAUUCGCCCAAUGGGGCGAGGUCUAGUGCACUAGACCUCGACAGAGUUUACUACAACACAGCACAAGGGGCUGUGCAAGUUGCACAUCAAGACCGCGCAGACAUGGAAUACCUUGGCAAAAAGAGUGUAGUUAUCAACAGGGAAAACUUUCUUGACACUAUUCCCGUGCAGACACGUCAUCCGGAAGGCCGUUUCCAAAUUUCCUAACAGAUAGUGCGUUUUACUGUUUGCCGGAGUGCAUGAACUGAGUCCUGGCCUUGUCGAUUUUUAUUUGACGGCGCUUAUUGAUUGGUGUCUAAAGUUAGUGUCAACGGCUUCCGCAACCAUAUCGGCAUUCCGGCAUCCUGGGCACACUCAAAUGGGCCGUCUACACAAGCUUUUCCCAAGGUGGACGCGGAGUCCAGCUUCCGGUUAUUCAUCUUACUACACAAAAAAUGACUGGACAAAUACACAGACCUAGUGUUUGUUCUCAAAUCUCACCCGUGCAGAUUUCUGUAGAGAAGCAGCAUGACAUCCAGGAACCCACGACAAAUGCAAUAGAAAACCAUAUUUGCGGGUUGUGCUGGUCAGCCGAUUGUCAGAAUUUUGCAACCUGCGCGCAUGUCAAACAGACGGAUCUGUUUGUGGGACUUCUUUAGAUUUAUAACAAACACCGAAAUUCGUAUUGUACAAUAUUAUCAAACUUGGGUAAAGUUCAAUCGACGUAGGCGAAGCAACGAUUUUGGCGUUUCUUGAUACGGGCUCUCGCCAUGCCUUCUUUUCUUUCAGACUAGCCAAAAAUGUACAAUCUUGUCCUUUCAUAGUCUAACAUUGUGCAUUCAUCAGCAUUAACAGUAAAUGUAGAGUACACACUUCCUAUUAGUUACGCACAUUUAGUGAGUAAACUAAGUGUAUUACUACUGGACCAUCCGCAAAUAUGGCUUUCUGCUACCUUCUCACGGGGCCCCUUGUUCUCAGACCUGUCCAGGAGUCUUUGUUUUCAGGGUUACUUCUAUGCUUGGACUGGUUUGCAACCGUAGGUCUAGGACCCAAAAUUGUAUUACCUACCGGGGUAUGCGUCAUCUGUAUGAGUGUACUCUUUUCUGAACUUAUGUUCAGGCGCAUUUUUACGCCGCUCGCAGGAGUGGUCUGCAAGCUUCGUUCGUGGCAAGAGUUUUAUUAAAACUUCACUGUCGGAUGACAAAGCUUGUUCACUUGCUUCACGCUCAGCCAUCUAUUAAAUGCUCUUUGACGUGCGGAGAGGACUGUGUACCAGUCUUAGCGAGAAGCACAAGAUGGUUAACAAAGUAGAUUGCGUAAUCUGUGACGGUUUUUCCUGUGGUAGUCGAGUAACUAACCUCUGCGGGUCUCCUACAAUAGCUGUACAAGCCACAUAAUCUCGUGCUGACAAAGGAGAUUGUUGCAACGAGUCAUCUCUCCUUCGGAAGCGGUUGUGCUGAGAGUGGUUAUACCCAUCGUCAUGCGGUGCCACUGUCCUAUCCCUAUGAUCUUUCCUAGGUAAUGCGCUCGCUAAACAAAUUCCCAAACACAUCGAUGCAUACCCCACGACUGUCCGUUCCUGGCAUUUGUGCCCGUCCGGUAUGCGGCAGUCCUAACUAAUAAGGAUAAGUUUAGCUAUCAGGAAAUCCUGUAUUCAUCAGGUAGUUAAGAGCUGGAACAGCAUUGAAAGCCGCUUCGGUGGGCCGGCGAAAUGUCGCGUUUUCCAACCUCCUCGAUGAAAUCUACAUCACUGUUCUUAUCAGAAAUCGGCUCCCCCGAAUGCGCAACUAUCUAAUUUAUGGGGCAAGACUUCACGUCUCCCAUGAACUCCCCUGAUGAUCAUCAGACUCUUACAGGGUGAAGAUUCUGUCGUUUUUAUAUUCUUUCGUCUGAGGACCCGGCUGUUUUAUACACGUCCUCAGAGAAGAGCCAUUGCGUCGGUGUCGCCAUUUUAGAACUGGCGUUAGAUUAGAUGCAAUUCUUGCAAUGCUGAUGACCUGGGCGUGACAUGCGUGGCUUUGCAUCAUAAUGUGACGAAAUUGGACGGGUCCUGCUAUCCAGUUGCGGAAUCUGAGACCAGAAUCCGUUUCUGAUACAAUAUCUUCCAGGGGGUAGCAUAGUCGUAAAGGUAGUCUCACGCAUGAAUUUUCCGCCUGAGCGUCCUCUGAAUUGGCGUGCGAACUGUUGGUCUCCACAGGUGUGGACUUCGUUAUACUUACUACCACUUUAGUCCACUUUUCUGUUUUGCCCCCUCGGGCCUUCAUAUGUCUUUUUUGGAAUGCGUUAACUGUAAACUCAUUGAAUUUAGUGGCCGUUCGCAUUUUGAAAAUUUUUUUCAGCUAAAUCAUCGUCCCCAGACAGCAGUCGUACCCAAGUGCUGAACUGGCUCUUUUUUCUCCACUUCCUUACUCUAGCCCCAGUAUUUCCAUUGUCUUUUAGCAUGGAACAGGUUCAAGCGCGACAUCGUAAGGAAAAAAAGGACCUUCAAGGUCAGUUCUGUCAUUUCAUCCCAUCCUCUCCCUAUAGCGAGGAUCCAAAAUAUAAAGAAGGGAGUCCCCAAGGGUGAUCGUCAAAAACGUGCGGCCGCCAUCGCCAAGAUUCAGCAGCUCGAAAAGGCGUUGGCCGCCCGACAGGAGGCAGAACUUGCUCAGUGCCAGAGUGUUGCCGCUCCCGAUACCGUGGCCGCCACUGGGGACCUGCUGGCCGCCUGCUCACUGUCCUUUGGUUGAGUGUAAUGUGCCAACUUACUCUAAUUUCUCUGUCCGCUUCUGCAUGUAGCUGACACCGUCCCGACCACAGCCGCCACUGAUACCACAGAAGCAAACAGUGAAGCCCCAGUCUCAGCAGCGGCGACAACGCGUCAGAGUCGAGCGGCUCGUCGUCGAGAGAAGGCUGCCGCAGAGCAAAGGGCCCUGGCCGAGGCAGUUGCGCAAAGCCGGUCCACAUAUCAGACCUCUUCUAGCGGUGUGGAAUUCGCCCAGCUGGCCGAGGUCCUUGCCAAACGAAACCUUGUUCUGCAUAAGGUCAGUCCUAGUUUUCAGCUCAAAGAUUGCCAUAUGAUGUUCUCAGUCAGACUGCUACUUAACCUUAUGCCAUAAUUCGCAGCCAUUGCGGACUUUCCCAUCUGAAGCGAAGUUAACGUACUUCACUCGACGGAUGGUUCUCGAAUAACGGCAGUCGGAAACCCCUAGCUUUCGUUGGUCUUCCAACCUCACAGCCCGGUAUUAACAACCGCACUGAAAGGCUGACAUGGCGGAUGCCCAAUACAGGCAAAUCUUUGUUGCGACGGGGCUUUCACGACAGGUUCAUACAUACCUUUGAAGGCUUGCAGCAAUACUAUAACUAGAAUAAGUUCGGUCAAUGAUGUCACCUUUGUCUGCCGGUCUGUCAAAAACGUGGCCUCUGUCCUGUUCCUCAAACUGACAACCAUUAGUCACGAGGAAUGCCUUCCCCCAACCAGGCACUCGCCCAGAAAAUAUUUUGCUUUUCACAUCGGUUACGAGUAAACGACUGAUUUGGCGACCUCGUCCGCCCGAAACGCUGUUUUCCGUAAGCCAUCAUAGCCUGGUGUCAGCAGGCUGAUGUUGUCUGCGUGAGCAAAUUCAGCAAACAAGCGUCUUGUUGCAGAUUCGAUAUUAAAUUUCGUAAACAGGAUGUGCUCCAGGCCGGAGAUCGAGCGGUUGGGAGUAUAGUGGACUUAAACUCGCAUCGUGUUGGAGCGAUCAUAAUGGUGAAUGUUACCGGUCUAUCAUCUGACUUCAAUAUCUACCACAAGGGCUCGCAAUAGAUCAAAUAAAACACUGUGGACAGCUGUGAGCUACUGAUAGCCAUUGCGAGAUUUCAAUAUUGGACGCAGGGCGAAUGCCUGGACUACAUACGUUAAUGACCUAUUUUGAGCUAUUGGUGGUCCUUGUAUAAUUGAAAUUGCGUCCCCAAAGGCGUAGACUGUCAUGCCCAAAUGCCUUAGUUUAAUUUCACCACAUCUGUCCAUCGUUUUUAGUUAAUCACGAAGCUGGCACCGAAUCCAGACGUCACAUAAAACUUUCAACUUCCUUGGAUCGAUGCAAUUCAUGACUGAACAGUCUGGAACUGCAAUGUUUCCCUGUCGCCAAUAAUAGGCAGCGUUAGUCGGUCAAUGGUGUCCAACUUUCAAAAUACAUUCAGUCAGUCAAAACCGCUGUAUUCCACAGAAGCGUUCACUGUAAAAAUCCGGAGUUUCAUGAGACCAUUCAUGCGCAGGAGGACAGAAAGGUUGCUUUCACUCGAAUCUGCGUUUUCCGCCAAACGUCGUGGGGAGCUAAUAGCAGGCACUCGUGUCGACGAUAGAUGGUCCAGUGUGUUUUGUUCACUGGGCUAUUUAUUUCCUCUUGGCAGAUUUACAUCCUUGUUGAAGGGUGCCCCACAAUCCUCGUCGUACGCCUGAGGGCGGGCAAAAUGACCUGUUUAAGUAUACUCGAGGGCAACAUUCGAUUCCCUUGAAGGUCUUAAUAGACGUGGUAGUAGUAGUAGUAGUGGUAGUAGUAGUAGUAGUAGUAGUAGUAGUAGUAGUAGUAGUAGUAGGACAAAAUAACGGAAGCGAAAUCGAUUUUUGACUCAGUUCCCUUCGUCAGGCAACCUGUGCCGCAGACUGAAGGGAGCCUUAGCUCGAUGCCGGACUCCUUGGGUCUUUCAGGGCCGAGUCAGGCGCCCCUCCGUUGGUUCACGAGACAAGAAGUACCUGUACUGUUGAUUCUGCUGUUUGGAAUAAUACUACUAGCACUACUAAUAAGAAUCUUGACCCCUUUAAGGUUCCAUCCGAUGGCGACUGUCUGUUUGCCUCCUUGGCCCACCAACUGGAUCAGAGGGGGCUCUCUUCUGUCCUCUGGGAGGCCUGUAAGCGGUUUGAUGUGUCCUGUGACACUGACUGUCCACCGAAGCACAACCUCCGCAGACUCGCGAUCGCUGUGAUGAGGCGACGACCUGAGGAAUUUCUGCCCUUUAUGUGUGACACUGCUGCCACUCCAGACUCCGAGGGAAAAUCUUCGGAUGGUGAGUGUGCAUUGCAUUUCUUUUCCGUUAGCACUCCAAUGCACCGAAUUGCCUAUGUUGAGGCCCCCUUGUCUUUUUUUCUUUCCUACCACAUGUUCAGACGUCUUUGAGGCCUACUUGAAGGACAUGGCGAAGCCUGGAACGUGGGGUGGUCAUCUUGAGGUAAGCUUACAGAUACUGUCACCUAGCAGUGUUGUCCUUGCACCAGAGGACUGCGUUUUUGGACUUUCCACAGCGAAAUGCCAUCGAACUGGGGGUGUAUUGUGUCAGUUCUGAUGAAAACGCAUGAAAUAGGCCGUGUGCGUACUUCUUAUCUCCAAAACUGGCAUCUAAGCAGAAGCGCUAAUGUGGCUCGCUCUGCUCAUUUGCCACAUCCGAAACACCUCGAGUCUGAUAAAAUCCCCGUCAGGCCUAAGGAGCUCACUGCUCGCCAGACAGCAUGUUACUGGUCGGACGCGGAUGUCCUGGAAUCCCUUAUUUGCGUCCUGACCAUCCCCCUUCUCUCUGGCGCCUCGUUAUGCCGGGUGGACCGCCGCGUCAUGCCACUGAGAGUGCUUUUUGCUGGCUGUAAAACUGGGUUGGCCACGAGAAUAUGGACCCCCCCACAUUACGAGGGGGCUUGUGUCGAAUUCCAGGGGGGAGGGGGAGGAGAGGCUGGGAUUGUUGUUUGGGUUGGGGUAGUGAGAGUCAGUGUUAGGGCUAAAGUUAAGACACGGGAAUAGGUACUCCUGGAGUUUGGCUCGAAGCCACCUCUAAUCCUAGGGAGGGGAUCUAUAUCCCCGUGUCCGACUCAAGACAGCUUGUAGGGAUGAAAUGUGUGUCCACGCCUCCCUCAUAAUCAGCCACCCUCUCCCCUAAAAAUGUAGGAGCAGAGUGAGGAGCACUCCCGUCCUGCGGUCGGAAAGCGUGCGCUUUAAGAUCUCAUCUGGCCGUUUAAGCGGUUACCCAGCACCCUUAAAAUAAGAGAGCGGUGGAUAAUGGAGAACUUCCAUUUGUUGUCUAAAACAGUAAUUCAGGGGUUAUUUCUGAGGAGGAGGAGGAGGAGGAGGAGGAGGAGAAGAGGACGGUAUGUCACAACUGUGGAGGCAUCAACCCAAUCGGCGUCCCUGAGAAUCCUCGCACGCUUCCUCCUGAACUGUUUCCCUUCCUCCAGGGAAAACCAGGUCGGCUUUCGUAAUGGAUGAGGUUGUACUCGUUAGACAUUCUACAACGAAAUCUGCAAUGAAGACGCUAUUUUCAACGGUUGGCAAUUAGUUGUUUCCUUGGUUUUCCUCUAGCAUGCAACUCAGUCGACAGAAGUGCUCUUUAGAAAGGACUCAGGAACUCAUGAACCUCACCUAGGCACAUUAUCAACUCGAGUGAAAAAAAUUUAGAGCUUACGUUUGAAGAAAGCAAAUACUUCAUUUGCAUCCGACAAGGCUGCGUCCUUUCGCCAGUCCUCUUUUGCUGUGCGGUGGACGCGAUUCCAUCCUCAGCUCUCGACGACUGUGGCGGGUUGUCUGGAUGGGGCAUUACCUUUGCUUCUUGGACUCUGACGACGCCGUCCUGUCUGGAAGCUCCUUCGAGAAGAUGUAGUUUGCUAUUUUUCGAAAAGUUGCCGUCUCUAAAAACUUUCUUUUUAAGACAGAAAGAUUCGUCAAUUAAAGUUCUGCCUGACGGUUUUACGCCUCAUAAAACCAUCCCUCUCUUGAUGGCUCAAGUCUGUCAGUUGUUCCGUCUAUCGGCAGAUCAUUGGGUACAACUCGCGUCUAAAAUGUUCUGUCCACCCUGGCAGUGCUCGUGGUCUCGUCGCGAGUUUUAGCAGCAAGCAGAGCUAACGGUGUCUGAGGUCGUUAAACCUGGUCCCGAGGUACUGCCCCCGGUGAAUACUAUCGCUUCGGCUUACGAACCCUGUAUCGUAUGUGUCUCUGAUGCUGAUUGUGGGCCCUGGCUGCUAAUGAUGCAGUUAAGCAUCGUCAUCGCGAUGGUUUUCUCAUACCGUUUUUCCGAUCCACAGUGGAGCUCAUUCAGGACUUCAUCGCUGCUAAAUCCCCUGUUGGAGUUGGCGCUGUCGCCACCGCGACUGUAGUGAUCAUCCAAAAAGUCGACGGUUAUAGUUAAAUCAGAUCUGCUCGGGAUUUUUGACCCGGAAAUUCUCGGUCUUCUGACUGGGAUGGCAUGUGGACAGGGUUCGCGCUGAUGGUCUAGCUAACACUCCCAGGCCAUGGACUGCGUCGAUUUGUGAGUCCUGGACUCGGAGGCCGGCUAAACCAACUGUCUUAUAGCAGCUAGUGUGUAGGUAUCACUAGGCGACAGGUUUCGUUGCCCCCAUUCCAACUGCAGCCUAUCGUCCCAGCCUUUUUGAAAACAUUUCUCUCUUUCUCUCCACUUUAGUCUGCUGGCUGGUACGAAAAUGCCGCCAAGCAGUUGAGCGUUUGAAUGCCUGAACGGUACUCGCAGCUUGUUUUCUUUUCCCUCAGCUUUCAGCCCUCUCCUCGGCGCUGCAGCUUCCGAUUGAGGUCAUUCAAGUCAAAGGUCCACCGCUCACUGUGGGGAACUUCCCGGACCAGUCACCCCUUAUCAUAACGUGCGUCGCCUCUGUUUGGUGCUUUUUGCUCCAAUUCCUUAUUUGUUGUUGGCUAAAAAAUUCGCUAAGCGUGCUUGAUGCGGGCCGCGUAUGGCGCCCUCUGGUCACCACCUGCCGACUUCCAAAUACUUCUCCCUGGGAAGUGGCGAUCUCAGAAGCUAUCCGCUUAUUAUCUAAGUUUCUUUUAGACAUGCAUAUCCGUCGAAGGUGCAAAAAAGCUUACCAGCACCGAAUGACACUCAGUGUUCAGGACUAAGGCCGCGCACUCUAACUUCGUCUACUAAGGUCAUUGACCCACCUCUCCCCCCCUUUCUCCUCGCCACGCCUCACGGAAUAGAGAUUAGAUUUGGCUCACCAACUUGCUUAACAUUUCGUAUGUGUGCCAAGCACGCACAGUCACAAAUAUUACAGUUCGGGGUUAAUAGGACGAGUACAUUUCUAGACCUACCAGUAGGAGGUCCAUGAGCCAAGAGGUGACAUUGUUACCCACAGACUGACGUAACAGCAACCUUCUGAGACUAGUUUCUUUACUUGUCUACUUCGCUCCUGGCAGGAGAUAUAUGGGGAAAAGGUGUCGCUUUACGCGCGCUAGUCACAGGUCGAAUGAGCAAGAUUCCAUGGUUGGGUUUCGCCAAUUCCCGACGGCGGGCCGAGGAAACCCCUGUUUAUUUGCAUCACGGACUCUUCCUUCUUCUGAACUAACCUCAACCUUUUUUCCGAUUGAACUUGUUCCAUGCGUUGCUUUUUGAACUAACAAACCCUCCACGAUCCUUGUCAAUAACGUCUAAAGCACAAGGUUACAAUGGAAAUUUGUAGACGGAGUAGUCGACCCCUACGAAUCCAUUCAUCAGGAAUUUCAGAUUAAUUCAUAUUGACCCAACUGUGAAAAACUCGGCGCCUCGGUGGGAUUCGAACCCACGCAGUAAGGAAAAGGCUGUAGUACAGCCAACGCUCUAACCACUUGAGCUACGAGGCCCCGCCGGACGACACGAGUUUAAUCACAUUUGGGUUAAGUUACCCGCCCAACCUACUGCAACGUCUGGAAUCCACCAAAUUCGAUACAGUAAGUUGACUGUUCAGGCAGGAUUUCCUAAGUAAUUCACCUAGAAUCCACCAGAUGACUACCAGGCUCACGUAAUUCAUAGAUGUUUUGGCAGGUUUUGAAUAAUUCAUAUAGACCCAACUGUCAAAAACUCCCGCGCUUCGGUGGAAUUCGAACCCACGCAGUAAGGGGAAGGCUUUAGUAUAGCCAACGCUCUAAUCACUUCAGCUACGAGGCCCCGCCGGACGACGCGAGUUUAAACACAUUUGAGUCAAGUUACCCGCCCAACUUACUGCUACGUCUGGAAUCCACCAAAUCUGAUACAGUAAGUCAUCUGGGAUCAUCAUCAUCAUCGUCGUCAUCAUCAUCAUCCCUCCCCAUCAUUAUCACCAUCGUCAUCGAGUGAAGGCCCCGCAUCUCAUCAAAAGACAGGACUGUGAUUCAUCCAGUAAACUGUGCUGGCACAUUUAUACUUCAUUUAAUGUGAUCUUUUUUUCCUUGCAGGUAUCAUCAUCACGCAUUCUCGCUCGGGGAACACUACAACUCAUGCAAACCUAUGGAGAGAAAUUGA